AUGACUUCAAGUUGGGGCCCGCAGCAACAUGAGGCCCUCGUACAAUUUCUGCGGAACGUCACUUCCUCUGACAUGAAUGUACAGCGGGAUAACAUCCUGCAGCUGCAGCGUUUUGCCUUCAGCGGCGGGGCGGCCAUUUUCUUGUUGGAAGUACUAUGUAGUGGAAACGAGAGUUAUGAAGCGUCUAUUCGUCAUUCAGCUGGGUUGAUUCUGAAACAGAUCGUGCAAAUAAACCCGACCAUUAUUGAUUGUUUGAACGCCGAUAUAGUUGGACCGCCCCUGCUUAGAGCGCUGGCAGACACGAUUCCUUCUGUGAACGUAGCCGCGAGUCUUGUGGUAGCAUCCAUCGUGAGGGGUGAGGGACUUUUGCAGCGCUGGCCACAGCUCCUUGAGACACUGAAAAAUGAAUCUAGUCUGACAUUCCUUCGGUGUCAGCAGGCCACUGAUAUGGAGGGAUUCUUUACCGUCAGCCGGACUGUACAAGGUUUGGCCACCUGCACACGAAUCGUGUGUGAAGAAUGCAAUGAAGAACUUCGGGAACUUAUUGAAGCGGACAGCUCGGCGUGUGAGUGCUUAGGUGAACUUUUUUCGUAUAUGCUUCAGGCUGUAGCUUUCAUGUUGCGUAGUGGAGGCGAUGUGGCCAGUGCUAUGCAACUAGUGCUGUCAGCCGCAACGUCAUGCUUUGUUGAGAAGGUGUUUUUUCUCUCAGACAACCCGGACGAAUCUUUUGAUGACUCCACGCCUGAGGCAUCGCUUGACGUGUCCACUGCACCAGAUCAUACCCUCCACUAUGCGAAACAGUUGCACGAGCAAGUAUGUGCUCUUGUUGCUGAACUGUGUACCGCCCCAUUUAACCAACACGUAUUAGUGGCCACAACGGAAUACCUAAGUGAGGCCCUUCGGUGGGACACAGAGUCUUCAGCCUCCACUAUUAACGCAACUGUUUUAUUCUUACCACACGUACUGUACCGUAUCCGCAGCCACGAAAGUGAAGAAGAAAGUAUUGUCAUACGCUGUCUUACACUUCUGGGCGAUAUAGCGGAGACACAUGCAACAGUGCUAUCAGGUAUAGCUCGGGAGGUGGCUGAAACUCUUUUCUACAACGCAGUGCACUUGACUGAUAUAUUUCCCAACACAAGUGAAGAAGAAACUACGAGCGCACCUGAUGACGAAGCCACCGUCCGCCCCGUCGUGCUCAAUCGACGCAACGUGGAAGCGGGGGAUGCCGAAGAUCAUUCCGACGAGAACAAAAGUGACAUAAACAGCUGCGGCGCCACGGAUAGAAGCGACGGGCAAGAAAGUGAUGCGGAGUGUGCAACAACCAAGAAGCAAGUCUUCACCCAUAUUCUUGACGUUAUGAGCUGCACAUGCCCAGGAGAUCUUCUGGCGCAUCUCAUCCCCCUCAUUACCUCGGCCUUAACGAGGGAAGCAAACUCCGUGGAAUCGCUGAAAGAGCAACAGGCGGCACUGUUUAUAUUGGCUGAAGUUGUGGACGAGUUGUUUGAUGACUUACAUGAUGACUUCUUGGGGCACGUGUCAGCAAACUGUUGGGGAGCUCUCGGCCCAAAUUCUACGGCGCCUCACCACCUGCGUUAUCAGGCAGUUCGUUGUGUGGCUCGAAUGUCAACUGGAUGGGCGGCAAGUGCACGCCGACCGGCACACCUGCAGGGGUUGAUUUCCCCUCCGCCUGUGUUACAUCUGCUCAUUGGUGUCACGGCAUCGGAGGUGAGUAAACAAGUUCAGCUGGAGGCCAUUAACUCCAUCACGAAGGUUACGCUUUAUUCAUUGGAUGACUGUCGCAUCGACGGCGAGACCAGGGCUGUUGCUUCUGCACUGUCCACUGUGAUUCGGGGACUUGUUUCUGCACUUCCGUCGAUGCAAUAUGCGGCAAGAACGGCGACGUAUCGCUGUUUAUCAGAGGUUCUUUCGGUGGCCUCCGGUAACGAACAGCGACAACAAGAGCCUUUGAUUGACGAUAUUACUACCAUGCACACCAUAACUGCUUUGGGGAAACAGGGACAACAACUCGCUUCUCUGCUUCAUCACGGCGAGAACAAAAAAAAAUCCGGAACUAACGCUGUCGAGCUUAUUUCCUUGAUGAAUGCCAUGGUGGAGGUCGUUUCGGCCGCAAGCAAGGGCACGCUAGAAGAUGUAGUAUCUCCUCUCACUGAAUUCGCCCUUGUAGUGCUGAACUGUUCGGCAGACACCGAAGGGAAUUCAUCCUCCAUCAUGGAGGUGUACGGUAGUGACAUCGCCACACUUGUCUUCGAUAUGCUGGACGGUUGCUGUUCUGCAUUGAUGAAUGAAGAAGAACUACUUUGUAUGAUAGAUUCAUCUUUGCGUACCGCAGUGCUCCUGAAGAAUGUAAUGGUUGGAUAUGGUACCGGCGCAGCUAAUAAUGUUGUCUCUGUUUGUGCCCAAAUUCUCGAAGAAAGGCAACGGCGGCAACAGUUUGGUGAAGUUGAACUAGCGCGCUCGUGCGUGGCAUUUCUUAGCACUGCUAUGCACUUCCAUAGAGAUCCACACAUGGUCGCCACAAUUUGUCGAUUGUGUCUAACAGAAGUGGCCUGCGAAAUGCCAGCGGUAAAGGCUAUAAGUAAUGUUUUUCUUUGCUUGGGGCUGAUCUUCUACAACCUUCUGUUUGACCACAACGCAGAUCCAGUCCCAAUUCUACAUGUAGUGGUUCCUUCACAGAGUCUGAACAACUUGACGGAGACGUUGCGGAGCUAUCUUACAUCAUCGACAGCGCAGGACAGGGGAUACGUGAAGAUGAACGCUUUCAUUUGUGCUGUUGCGUUGGCCGCUCUCCAUCAGGUGGGACGCCUGCACCUGGACGUGGCAGAGCCGCUGUUGUUUGCUGUCAUUCAUGCCUCGCCCAGCUUCAUUCCAAGGGUGAAAAAUCACAUUGGCGAGGCCUAUCGACUGCUGCUGAUGCUCUCGUUACUACUCGCUGCUGAUCAAUCGAAUUGGGCCCCGGUGGUUCCAACAAUCGUAAAAGCAAUUGACUCAUUCACCAGUACUGCACCCACAGUGCUCAGUGCUGAGGUGCGGCGUCGUUAUCUACCUUUGGUUGGCGCAAAUGGACAAUAG